UUUUGCUGUUCUGCUCCCUAAAAACUUCAAACAAAACAAAAACUUCUGGAUUCUUGCUCUGGUGAUCCCGUGGAGGUAGAAGGUUUGUCCAUCAGUUCCAUCAGGACGCCCAGCUGCUCUGCAUACCUCCCAUCACCUUCACUGCCUCCAUCGUCACCAUCAUCCUCAGCUGGAUGGGACGGYGCUGCGUGGAAACUACAAGAAUGGUCAGACGCUGCUGUCCACUCGUUCUGCUCCAACUCUUCAGCAUUUUUGCACAAAUAGAAGCUUUUACUCAGGAUCUUCUGUAUCCGUAUGGACCAGGUCAUAGGGAUCUAGAAACCCCUAAAAUGGACGAUGGGAGUUCAGCUGAAAUUACUUUGCUCAUCCCCUUCGUUUUCUUCAACAUGCACUAUCGUUCCAUCUACGUCAACAACAAUGGGGUGAUCUCCUUCAGCGUGCAGGUUAGCCAGUUUACUCCAGAGGCUUUUCCUCUGAGUGACAGCAGGUCCUUCAUUGCUCCGCUUUGGGCAGAUGUGCACAACGGCAUCCGCGGAGAUGUUUACUAUCGAGAGACCACCGAACCGGAAUUUCUGGAAAGGGCGACGCUGGAUGUUCGAAAGCAUUUCAAAAACAUGCCCGCUUUCACGGCCACGUGGGUCUUCAUUGCAACGUGGCACCAAGUUACCUUCUAUGGAGGGAGUCAGACAACCCCGGUGAACACGUUCCAGACUGUGCUCAUCUCAGAUGGAAUAGCUUUCUUCAGUAUGUUCAACUAUGGAGAAAUCACAUGGAGCACAGGAACAGCCAGUGGUGGAGAUCCUUUAACGGGACUGGGUGGGACAACAGCUCAGGCAGGUUUUAAUGGUGGAGAUAUUGGUCACUUCUUCAACCUGCCUGGAUCGCGGUCGAAUGAUGUUGUAAAUAUCGAACAGACGACCAACGUUAACAUUCCUGGACGCUGGUUCUUCCGCAUAGACACUGAGCUGAUCGAUCCUGCCAAUGGCUGCAGCUACAAUGGACGGUUCUACAAACGAGGGGAAAUCUUCUGGUUGUCUGACCAGUGCUCACAAAGAUGUCGGUGCCUUGACAUAAACAAUGAGGUGCAGUGCCUAGAGGCUCCCUGUGGGCAGUUUGAGAACUGCGAGCAGCAAGAAGGAGCCUUUUAUUGCCAGCCCACUCGCACCAGCACUUGUGUGGUCUUUGGGGACCCCCAUUAUCACACCUUCGACGGCUUCCUCUAUCACUUCCAAGGCACCUGCUCUUACCUGCUGGCUCGGCCCUGUUGGGAGGUGGCGGGGCUGCCCUUCUUCAGUGUGGAGGCUAAAAACGAGAACCGCGGGGUAGCUACUGUCUCUUGGCUGAGAGACGUCACGGUGGAGGUGUAUGGUCAUCGAGUCUUGAUACCAAAAGGCAGUUUGGGCACGGUCAAGGUGGAUGGCUUGGUGAAAACUUUGCCUGUCCAGCUCCAGCUCGGUGCAGUAAAGGUUUACCAGUCUGGCGUGGCUGUCGCUUUAGAAGCAGACUUUGGACUCCUGGUAACCUACGAUGGCCAGCACUACGCAUCCAUUUCCUUACCGAGCUCCUACUUCAACAACACCUGCGGCCUCUGUGGGAACUAUAACGAUGACCCUGCAGAUGAUCCUGUGCUUCCAGAUGGUUCUCUGGCAGAAAGUGUGGUAGAGUUGGGUGGYAGCUGGCGAGCAGAGGACACGGACUGGAGGUGCACGGAUGGCUGUGCUCAGAACUGUAGUGUUUGUGACCCCGUUACAGAAGCCAUGUUCUUCCGUUCAGACUACUGCGGGUUAAUCAAUAAAACUGAUGGACCUUUUCGAGAUUGCAGAGCUGUGGUGGACCCAACAGCUUUUGUGUAUAGUUGUGUGUAUGACAUGUGCAGCAACAGGGAUAACAUGACCACGCUGUGCCAUGCCAUCCAGGCCUAUGUUUUGGCCUGUCAGGCCCUUGGCGUCACCAUACGAUCCUGGAGAACUCUCACCUUUUGUCCCUUUUCGUGUCCAGAGUUCAGCCAGUACCAAGUGUGCACCAAUGCCUGUCCAGCUUCCUGCUCAGAUCUCACCGCCCCUCUGUACUGCGCUCACCCUUGCACCGAAGGCUGCCAGUGUGACUCCGGCUACGUUCUAAGUGGCGGUCGCUGCGUGCAACAGGAAGACUGCGGUUGUGAGCACAACGACCUUUAUUACCCACUUAACCGCACUUUCUGGGCGGGCCCCAGUGGCGAGGAAGGGGACUGUACCCUCCGCUGCACUUGUGGCUUUGCUGGAGAAGUUUCCUGUUUCAAUGAGUCCUGCAAAGACGGUGAAGUGUGCAUGGCAGAGUUGGGCCUGCUGGGCUGCUACCCUCGAAGGGAGGGAGUGUGCUCAGUCACCCAGAACUCUGUUGCAUCAACCUUUGAUGGCACCUUCCUGUUAAUCCCAGAUGACAGCUCUUACUACCUACUAAAGCUGUGUGGUCCAAUACCAGCCAACGGCUCAGUGGUGGAAGUGAAGAUAGGCAAGCGGCUGGUGAACAAAGGUCCCGCUUGGAAAAGACCAGUAAUUGUAAGAGUAGCUAACCUUGAAGCACAAAUGGGAGGAUCUGAUUUUGAUACAGUAAAGGUGAAUGGUGAACCAGUGGUUCUCCCAUUUGUCCACCCWAUGGAAACAAUGAUGAUCUACAAGGCACCAGGAAAUGCUACCGUAGUGGAGUCUCGAGGUCUCCUUCGUGUCCACUACACACGCCAGGGAUUUCUCAACAUUUCCCUUUCCACCAUCUUCUACAAUGUUACCUGUGGUUUAUGCGGCGUCUUCAAUAGUAACGCCACAGACGACCUGCGUCUCCCCAACGGACGCCUGGCAGAUAACAUUGAACAGUUCGCUGAAGGCUGGAAGUCAAUUGCCGAUGACCUCACUUGCAACGGGGACUGCGAUGACCUGUAUCGCAUGUGCACCGACCUGCGUCUUUACCAAAGUCCUUGGAUGUGUGGGAACAUCAACGACCCAGGGAAUAGCUCCUUUUUGGCAUGCCAUUCAGUGGUUAAUCCCUCGCCAUUUUUCAGGAACUGCUUGUACAACAUGUGUGUAAAAGAAGGAAACCGUUCAGCGCUUUGCUCUUCGCUACAAGCUUAUGCCACAGCUUGUCAGGAUGCCCAAAUAGGCCUUGCUUCCUGGAGGAGUGUCACCAAUUGCCCUCUUCCGUGUCCAGAGAACAGUCAUUUCGAAGAAUGUACAACGGCCUGCCCUCUGACCUGUGCCAACCUGGAUGAGCCCGUGGAGCCAUGUCCUCUGCCAUGUCAGGAGGGGUGCCAGUGCGAGGAUGGCUAUGCGAUGCGGGACGGCCUCUGCGUGGCCCGUAGAGACUGCGGCUGUAUGAGUCACGGACGUCUGCUAGCCACGAAUCAGACUUUCUGGACGGACUGGGAGUGCCAGGAGCGUUGCUAUUGCAAUGGCUCAGACAACAGCGUGUACUGCCAGCUCGCGUCCUGUCACCCUGAGGAGUACUGCCAGGAGAACGACGGCCUGUACUUCUGCCUGCCACGCACCGAGGCCUUGUGCGUUGUUGCCGGUUACGGGCAUUUUCUACCGUUUGGCGGCGUACCGUUUGAGCUCCAGAGUUCCUGCACAUUAAGGAUGGCCACCACUGUCUGCGGGGGCGAGAACCGGGAGCACGCCUCAUCUGGUGGAUCCUUUCCUCGGUUCAAACUGGCCGCUCGUAAUGAGGAAAGAGACACAGGCCAGGCAAUCUGGGUGAGGGGCUUUGUUCUGGAGGUCUACGAGUUUGAAAUCGAAGUGUCUCGGAGCUACAAAAACACAGUUACUGUGAAUAAGGAGCGCUUGUACAUUCCUCUGAAGCUGGGCCCAGGAAAGGUCAACAUCUUCACCUUAGGGAUGAUGCUCAUCCUGGAGACGGACUUUGGCCUGAAGGUUGCCUUUGACUGGAAUACUCUCCUCCUUUUGACUUUACCCAGAGACCGUUACAACACUUCCUGCGGCCUCUGCCAGGGCAUGCCCCUGUCCCCGCCCACCCUCACCACCACAGACUGGGGCAUGACCUGGGCAGAGAGGGACACCUUCUGCCAGGUGGGCUGUGGAGACUCGUGCCCGCGAUGCGGCCUCGGAGAGAAAAGCGUAGUGAACACAGCCGUGUUGGUGGCCGACGACAGCGGCGAUGAGGAGAACGGCGUCAUCACGAGGAUACGGUUCUACAUUGGGGAUGGGCUCUACGUGUUCGUGGAGCCCGAGGCGGUGAGGCUGUGUGGGCUAAUUGUGGACCGAGGGGGCGCCUUUGCUCGCUGUCACAGCAAGGUGGCGCCAGCAUUCUUUUAUCAGAGCUGCCUGCAGGACACCUGUUUGGAUCAGGGAGCUCAAGAUACCAUCUGUAACUGGCUUCAGACCUAUGCCAGCACUUGUCAGAGCCAAGGAGUGCCUGUAACUGGCUGGAGGAGUGACACGCCGUGUGUCAUGAGCUGUYCACCUAACAGCCAUUACUCCAGCUGUGUGGCAGUGUGCCCACCACAGUGCGCCCCUGCCCGAGGCCAAAGGGACUGCAACCAGGAUUGCAUGGAGGGCUGCCAGUGCGACCAGGGCUACGUGCUCAAUGGCAAGAACUGUAUCCUGUCUCAAAACUGUGGCUGCUACACUGACGGAAAGUACUAUGAGCCCAAACAGCUGUUCUGGAACCACGACUGCACAAAACGUUGCCAGUGCAUCGGACGAAACCUGAUCCAGUGCGACCCAAGACGCUGCAAGGUGGAGGAAGAGUGCACACUUAGACAUGGGGUUCGAGGCUGCUUUGCUCGACGCUCUCAGCACUGUGUGGCGUCGGGCGGCGGGGUCUUCAGGACGUUCGAUGGGGCAUCACUGCGUCUUCCUGCCUCCUGCUCCUUUGUCCUGUCCACAAACUGUCACAAGCUGCCUGAUCUCUCCUUCCAGCUCAUUGCCAACUUUGACAAAUGGAGCACACCCAACCUCACCACCAUCUCUCAUAUCUACCUUUACAUUAACGAGGAGAAUAUACUCAUCUCUGGCAGCACUGUCAAGGUCAAUGGUACACCAGUGUCUGUGCCAUUUCUGACCGGGCUGAUGACACGUCUGUCCACGUCUGAGGGCUUCAUUGUCAUCGACACGCCGCAAGACAUUCAAAUUCGCUACAACCGCUUCAACACUCUCAGCAUUACAAUGGGCCAGCGGCUGCAGAACAAGGUGUGUGGUCUCUGUGGGAAUUUCAAUGGGGAUCCCGGAGAUGAUUACAUCACCUCCAGGGGGAAGCCUGCUGUCAGUGCCCUGGAGCUGGCCCAGAGCUGGAAGACCAAUGGUAUGCAGAACAGUUGUGAUGAGACCCAGUAUGUAGCUUUAACCCAAUCCUGCGACAACUCGGCAGUCCUGGCUCUGCAGGGUGAAGACGCUUGUCAGAAACUGACCCAGCUGAAGGGUUUCUUCCAACCGUGCCAUGGCCUCCUGGACCCCCGGCCCUUCUACCAGUCCUGCUACYUGGAUGGCUGCUACAACCACCGCAAGGCUCAGGUCUGCGGGUCUUUGGCAGCCUACGCUGAGGCCUGCCGCUCCUUAGGAACCCUCACCACCAAGUGGAUCACGCAGGAGAACUGCUCAGAAUGGAUCUACGACCCCUGUGCAGGAGAGAUCUGCACAAACUUCACCUGUGAGCUGGAAAACGGAGGCGACCUGUGCGGCUGUCCUGAGUUACCUACCAACACUGCAAGUGACGAUGACAUCAUCCAGGCCGAGGUGAACUGUAAGCACGCUCAGAUGGAGGUGUCCAUCUCCAAGUGUAAGCUCUUCCAGCUGGGCUUUGAACGAGAAGAUGUGAGGGUGAACGAYGAGCGCUGUGCCGGCAUCGAAGGAGAGGACUUUAUCUCCUUCCACAUCAAUAACACCAAGGGUCACUGUGGCUCCAUUGUUCAGUCUAAUGGCACACACAUCAUGUAUAAGAACACAGUCUGGAUAGAAAGUGUGAACAACACRGGCAACGUCAUCACCCGAGAUAAGACCAUCAACGUGGAGUUCUCCUGUGCYUACGAGCUGGACCUGAAGAUCUCACUGGAGACAGUUCUCAAACCMAUGCUCAGUGUGAUUAACCUGACCCUGCCAACCCAGGAGGGGAACUUCAUUACCAAGAUGGCGCUGUACAAGAACUCCUCRUACCGACACCCCUACAGGGAGGGCGAGGUGGUGCUUAGCACCCGGGACAUCCUSUUUGUGGGCGUCUUCGUGGAGGGGGCCGACGAAAACCAGCUGAUCCUCAUCGUGAACAUGUGCUGGGCCACACCAUCCCGCUACAGCAGCGACCGCCUGCGUUACAUCAUCAUAGAGAGGGGGUGCCCRAACACCAAGGACAACACCAUCGGCAUGGCGGAGAACGGCGUCUCGCUCACCUGCCGCUUCCACGUCACCGUCUUCAAGUUCAUUGGUGACUACGACGAGGUGCACCUCCACUGUGACGUGUCUCUGUGCGACUCAGACACAAAUGCCUGCAAAGUGAACUGUCCACACAAGAAAAGGAUGUACUCAGAGGAAGGGGACCACAAGGAGCAUAUCCUAACUGUGGGGCCCAUAAGGAGGAGAGAGUCCGACUGGUGCGAGGACGACAACGGAGGCUGYGAUCAGAUCUGCACCAGUAAGGGGUCCGGACCCAUCUGCAGCUGUGUGACCGGAAUGCUGCAACCUGAUGGGAAAAGCUGCCGCACUGUGAGUUUAUCCUGUAAGGUCACGCCUGAGAUUCCUCUGCUGAGUGUCGGCGCCGUCGUCUCCGUGGUCCUGGCUCAGUUCGACACGUUUCUUUUAUCCUAAAGCCAAAACAACGAUGCAGAGAAGACUUGAAAAAAAGAAUGUACCGGAUGUGAGUUUUUUUGUUUGUUUGUUUGUUUGUUUGUUUGUUUGUUUGUUUGUUUGUUUGUUUUUGUUUUUUUGUAGUUGAACUGUUUCAGAGAGAAAUUUCCCACAAAUAACACGUUAAAUAAAAUCACCUGAAGCCACCAUAUGUAGAAUUUUUUGAAUGUUUGUAAACUUUUAGCCAUUUUUGUAUAAAAAAGUUCAAAUGUUUUUAAAAAAGGAGGCUUUCACCACCAGAUGGCGCCAAAAAAACAAAUAUCUGAUCUCACACAGGAAAUGUUGAAGGUGUUGUAUGUAACUAAACUCUUAAACUUUCCAGUCUGUGUGAAUUUAAUCAAUUUAAUUUAAUCCAAUGAUUCAACAAGUCAGAUUUAAUAUGGGGCUGUGUGAACAGAACGACUUUAAAACAGUUUGUUGUGAAGUAUUUAUGUUAGAAAAGCACUUUGUGGAUUUAAGAAACUUUUACUUUUAGCGGUUUGCAUCCAGAUUAAGGAAAAAAAURUUUCUUAUGUUGAUGAAAAACUUCAUUUCAGUCAUUUCUGUUGCAGAUUCAACAUACUUUUUUAAUGUGGGAUCAAUAUUUUCAGAAGAUAGUAGGAAAGGACUUAGAUCAGUCACUUCCUGUUUCAGAGGACAGUUAGUUUUAAUCUAAAUGUGUUUUUUUUUUCAUAGUUUGGACUUUUUUUGUUACCUGUUGUGUACAAAAUGUACAGUCCUUGUCAGUUUUGUCUUUACUUUUUAAAAAUCUUUUUAAGAAUAAACAAACAAAAAAUGAAAAAUGUUUUUAUUUUAAUUCUUUGGGGAGGAAGCAGCAUCUUUACGUAAAAUAAAUGUUCUCUAAAAGAAAA